AUGGAUUAUUCUGAUGGAAAUACAGAUAAUCAGAUUGAAAAAAUACUUCGUGAAUUUACUCGUAAUAUUCGAGAAAAAGGAGAUAAAGAUCAAAUAUCAUAUGAGGAAGAUUCAGAUAGUGAUAAUAAUAUUAAAGAUAAACCAAGAAAUUACAAACCUAACAGAGAAAUAAAAGAAUCUGAUCAAGAGAAUGACAGAGAUAGAGAAUUAAUACAUGAAACAGAUAAAAAUUUAUCGAUUUAUAAAUCAAAGAAAUAUAAAAAAGAUGGAAUUAAUAAUUUAUGUUUAAAGAUUAAUCAGUUUAAAACUGUUGUAGAAAUGGAUUUUUCAUUAUAA